AUGCCAGCCAUCAAGGAAGGUGAAAACCGCCGCCGUCAGUCACCUAGACUGACGGAAAGGUCGGAAAGCUCGCAACCAGACCCUCAUGAGGCAACCAGCAGCGACGCGACCCCCGACACGACUGAGGCAACCAGCAGCGACGCGACCUCCGACACGACAAUCCCGUCAACACAAGCCAUUUGCUACGAAGUCAACAAAUUGCGGCAAACCUUUGAAUCCGUUUAUUCGGACCUACGAGAGCGUGAGGACAAACUCCAAAAUGCCCUCCUGCGAGAAGAAGAGAGGGAACGCCUGCUAGCCGAAGCACUAUCUAAAGCCAUCCAAAGGGAGGAAAUCCUGAAUGUCGAACUUGAAACGCCAGGGAUGGUACAGAGUGGAGCGUAUCAGUACUUGAGUCUGGACAAGGAGACGCCACGGGAGCUGCUUCGGUAUCUGCGUCUAUGGCAGUCACCACCAGAGUGUGACCCGACGUAUCGAGCGUCAUGGAGAAACCCAACAGAGGUCUAG